AUGACCAUUAAUCACGUCUUUGUGUGGGCCUCCGCGGCUAAAUUCGAAAGCUUGCAGGCUUUCUACCGCGCUGUUCUGCAACCGAUCGGCUAUACUGAGAUGAUCAGCGCGAAGGGCGGCAACCUUGUAGGAUAUGGCAGUGAUUAUCCCUAUUUCUGGCUGCAGAAAUUGCCUGCAGACAAGGAGCCCUUACCUACUCAUAUUGCAUUUGAUGCUCCCACUAACAAGGCUGUGGACGACUUUUAUCGCCUGGCAUUGUAA